AUGAGUAAUAUCAAAGUUGCAAUACGAUGUCGUCCGCUCUUUGAGAAUGAACGCCCUGCUGUUGGGUUGGAGUUCUACCAAGGACGCCGCAUCCUCCUGGAUAACAAGACAUAUGACCCCGACCACAUCUUUCCUCCCACAUCCACGCAGGAUGAGGUUUUUGCUGCAUGCCAACCGAUCCUACAGAGCGUGAAGGAUGGUUUGCACGGGACGGUGAUGGUCUACGGGCAGACAGGUACCGGCAAGACCCACACAAUGUUGGGUGUCCCCGGCGGAACAGACGGCAUUGCCCACCGAAUGAUUGCAGCCAUGUUGGAGCAUGUGCAACAGCGGACAUUAGAAGAGUCGAAGUGUGCGUUAACCCUCUCCAUGAUUGAAAUAUAUAAUGAAAAACUUACAGACAUGCUGAGCGAAAACGGAGAUGCGGAGGUAACACUUGUUGGUGGCUUUCCAAAAGCGAUGGUGAAGUUGACAUUAUCUCGCCUGAGCGAUGCCAAUGAAGCGAUUCAACGCGGCCUCAGUUGGCGACACACCGCAAUGACACUCAUGAAUGAGCGCAGUAGUCGUUCACAUGUUGUAUUUAUUCUUGACCUUGAGGAACAAAAUGCCUACACGGACACGGUGGAAUUGGCGCAUCUUUUCAUGGUUGACCUGGCAGGAAGCGAGAGUCUCAAGAAGUCCCAAGUGAAUGGAGUAGCGGCAAAUGAGGCGGGGAAAAUUAAUAAGUCCUUGUUGGCGUUGAAAAGUGUAUUUUUGGCGCUUGCAAACUCCAAUGAGGCAACACGGCCUAGCCACGUGCCAUACCGAGAUUCUAAGCUUACGGAACUACUUCGAGACUCCAUUGGGGGCUCGGCACGCACUCUCAUGAUUGCCUGCAUCUCCGCUGUGGGGCGGGACAUUGAGGAGACGAAAUCCACCCUCAUGUACGCCGUGAAGGCGAGGUCAAUCCGCAACGCAGCGAACACGGAACGAGAAAAGUUGUUGGUUCGCCUUCGCUCAUUUGAGUUGGAAAACCAACGUUUGCGCAAUCGUUUGCAGGAACGUGUUGUGGAGCGGGGCGGGUAUUACGUUAACCGGGAGGAACACGAGCGAAUUCAGCAGUUGGAGGAGGAGCAUCAGGCGCUGAAGGUGGAUUUGGAAGAUUUGCUGCGGGAGAGGCAGCAGAACGAUGCCUUGCAGCAUAUAAACAUCUCACAGACAGCCAUUUUGCAGGCUAUGAUUGAGGAAAAGGAGGAUGAGUUGUGUCGGUUCAAGCAGAUAUAUCACGAAGCUCUUACUCAAUUUGACGCACAGCUGUGUUUACUGCAGCGGGUCGUGCAGGAGGCUGUGUCUGGGGCGUAUGAAGCUGCACAGCGGAGUGCAGAGGUUGUGGCCGGGCGGCUUGAGGAGUGGCGUGUACAUGCACUGCGCGAGGAAAAUGAGGAUGGUGGCCUGAAUGAAGAGGAGAAGAACGGGGAGGGAGAAGGGACAAGAAUGGCAAGAGGGCAGGAAGGGGUGUUGGCACUUUCUCGUGAUUACGAGAAGGAGGCGGUACGACUGGUGGACCGCAUCAAUGACGGCUUCCGCAGCCUCAGUCAAGAGGUCCUCGCCGUGACGCAAAGUCACUGUGCCACGGUCCAGGCGUUGCAGGAACGUCGUCAAGCAUCGUUGGAGUCCUUGCAGCGAACUCUGCAAGAGCAAGUGCGGGAAGUGCUGUCCGCGUACGCACGGGAGCAGACACGGCUGGACAAGGAGCUCGAAGAUGAACACCGCCUCUUUGAGAGCGGCAUCUCCGUCACGGCGAAUCAGUCAUCUUCGCCCGCAGAUGUGUUGCCGUUCCGGCACAUGGUACGGAAUGUCUGCCGCGACGCGGUGGAGAGUAGUAAGGAAUACUUCCCACCCUGCAGUCUUGACGAGAACUUGGCGGAGUCGCUGCGGCUCAUCAAUGAGUCCUUUCGCGUGAAGGCGGCCAGCGCCUCGCUGGCGGCGUUGGUGCAAAUGGGGAACAUGCCACCGUCCCGUUCUUCCAACUCGUCGCUAUCGACCACCACCACCACCAACACAGCUACGACAACAACCCCCACUGCCGCUAAUGCCAUGACUGCGACGGCGGCUUUCGUUUCAAGCGGAGAUUCACAGCCAUCGGUGCUUUCUACUAAAGUUGUGAACCGGACAGCAGGUAAUAACGGUGGUGUCAAGGCGAAGCGGCUUCGUAGUGGCAGUGCCAUGUCUGACUCGCGGCGUACUUCUGCACGCCAGGAAAAGUAG